CAUAAUAAUUUUUGCAUAGGAUUAUAUUGCUAACUUCACUCGACAAGUUUGUGUUCAACGAUCGACAAGCACAUAAGCAAGUCGUACAAAGUUACAAUGCCAAAAACGCAUAAUUCUACUGUUUUUAAUGGAGAGGCUGAUAAUUAUUAUGAUCCCAAUUUUACUUUGGACAUAAACAAAAGGAUGCGUGUACCAAAGAGUAUUCGUGUGAGUGGUGACUACACAGAUGAAGAUGUAGCUGGCACAAACGGCUCUGCUUGGAAUCAAAUGGUUGCUGCAGAGAAAUUUGAAAUGCAUGUUCCAGAGAGAAUUUUAGUUGUUGGACAAGAGCAACAUAUUGGAACAAAGGCACCACCAAGAGAAAUUACAUUAGAAAAAGCUGUAUUACCUCCUGAACCAGGCAUUGUUAGAGUACAGACUCCGCCAAGAAUUUUAACAUUAGAUAAUCACUACUUCCCAGGAGAUGAUGAGGAAGAACAAACAUUGUAUACAGCAGAGACAAAGGAAUCAAUAUCCUCUAAAUCUUGUGUACCAUAUUCUACAGAAACACAAAUAGUUAGGCAUGCUAGGGAACAAACACCUUCGUAUAGUGCGCUCAAUGUUUCUCUUCCACCCAGUGAAGAAAUACAACAUUUGCGUCGUCAAGUAGGAAAAUUAAAUCGCCGUGUAAUGGCCGUUGAGUUGGACAUGUUGCAACGUCAACAAAGAGAUAAAAUUUUAUAUGCAUUAACAUUAACAUACUUAAUUCUUAAAGCCUUUUCUUGGUUAACUAGGAACUGAAUUUAUGUUAUGAAAAUGGGAGAAACUUGCAUCUUAUAUGAAAAGUGAUGUUAUUAAUCCAUAUAAGUACAAGACGUAAAAUUAUGUUAUUUCAAGAGAAUUUAUAACCAAAAACACUUUACCUUGGGUAUAUGAAAUUAUAAAGCUAUUCAACAUGAAUGUAUUGUAUAUAUUCAAGACUAAGUUAUAAAGAAUGCUUGCAUGAAAGUAUUACAAUAAAAUUUUUAAAUAUUUAACUUAUAAAGCACAACAUUUGUUACUUUCAUGCUCUUUUUAAUAUAUAAGUUUAUUUUAUUUAAUAUGUACACAUAUAUACAAAUACAUAUAAAGCAUUGAAUAUAUACGAUACUAAUGUUCUAAAACAAUGGAAUUUGAACGUUUCUAUAAUACAUUUGUAAAGUGUGACUUGCAUUUUAAAAGGAAUAGCACAUAAAUUCCGUACAUGUUUAUGUUACAGAUUUAAAUAAUGUGAGUAGUAUUAUUUAGUAAUAAUAAACUGAGAACGUAUACACGUAUUAGAUAUAAUAUCAAGUAUAAUAGGCAAGCAUAAAUUUUCAAAGGUGAGAAAGAAUUUGUAACAUUUCAGUUACUAUUAUUCAAUGAACCUAAAAUCUAUUUUGAUUUUGAUCACUUUAUAUUUUAGAAAUUCUAUGUAAAUAAGAAAAUAAUGAUAUAUUGACUAAAUUGUUAAAACCGACUAUUGGAGAGCAAGACCUGAAUAAAAUGUGUAACAUAUAAAGCACUGAACUGAGAUGAUAGAGACUUUGAGUUGUGCGUUUACACAAGAAUUUUUUAAGGAUAUUUCAUCUCUACAGAGGAGUCUGUUUCUGAAAUCCUUCAAAGUUCCAGUAUUUACAAAAGUAUCGUUACUGAUUCUAUUUAUUAACCUGCGUCGGUAAAAACCAUUUCAAAGUUGGUUGAUUGUUUAUGUAACGAUAGGUGGCACCACAAACAUCAAUUUUCUGACGAAUAAAAACUACAGACUAUUAGAGGA